AUGAGCGAGGCUGCCGACGCUGCCAUGAUUGAGGCUGCCGACGCCGACGGGCGGCUGCGCGACGACCCGCUGACGGACCGUCCCGUGGACGCGGCAGCGGCGGCAGAGCGAGAGAGAUUGGCGAAGGCGGCCAAGCUUGCUGCGCAGACCGCCAACGCGAUGGUCGCCGUGCGGGGGCAGCUCAAGUUGCGGGGACAGGCAGCGGACAAGGCCGCGCACGACGCCAACGCAGAGGCGGGAGCGCCGGUGAAACCGUCGUCUAUGAUGGUCGAACGAGUGUUCACCGCCCGCCUCGACGGUCCGGACAGGUACAUGGUGGCUCGACGAAAGGAGCGAAAGACGGCCGCCGGGGCUGGCACUGCCGUCGAGGUGGUGGCGGGGUUGGAGAAGAUGGCGAACUCCGCCGUCACGAUGGUGCAGAGAGAAGGCGCCGACGGCAUCACGGUGACUGCGGAGCACAAGGCGCUGCUGGAUGACGUGGCGUUGGAGCAGGGUCGCAAGGCGAUCGUGGCGAGGGCGGCGUCAAAUUACCGCCAGCACACCGCGUGGCUGGCGUCUUUUGCGACGUUUGUGCAGUGCUUUUACCCGUGUGGAUGGCGGCACAACCCGCCGCUGGAUGGAAGCGAGGGCGCAGGGACAGCUAUCGACCCGCGGCUGGUGGCGCUAUACUUGGCGAUGGUGGCAAACAGGCUGGUGCCGUUGGGAGGGUUUGUGUGCGACCAUGUGGACGGGACAGCAUCGUUUGCAGCGAAGGGGAGGAAGGCGGCGCACACCAAGGGCGCGGAGGCAGGGGAGCGGUACUAUGGCAUGGCGUACGUGAAGACCUUCCUCGACGGGCUCAGCGGUUACUCGCGAGUUUGGCGCGUGACAGCGCCGCAGUACGACCCGGACUGGUACGACACGAUUUGGGCGCUGCGGAAGGUGUGCAGUGUGCGGCUUGACUCGAACCGGCCUUUCAAGGCGGCGGCACUGUGCCCAGUGACAGUGGCGUCACUGCUUGCGACGUUAUCAGCGGUGAACGCGGGCGACGCGAAUUUUGCGGCGGUGCUGUCGCUGGGGCUGGCGUUCUGGAUGCGACCAAACGAGUGGUUUUUCCUCGACGUCGAGUGCAUGGCGUUCGUGAAGAUGCGGGGGAUUGAGCUGCUGCACAUCCUGUUUGUCAUCUCAAAAGGCGAUGACAACAGCUCCGGCGUUGUGCGACGGACCGCGCACCGGGUUGG